AUGGGUGGAUCAUCAUCCCCUCCAUUCCUCUACGAUCCCGUAUCGCAGUGGUCAUUCAAUGAAUACCACAGAGGAAAACCAUUUAAUCCCAAAGCCGUCACGGAGGCAAGCAGGGCUCCUCGCCCAACAAGCGUCCCUCAGGAAGGGCCGCUGGUGAACUUCAAUCGCCACCCAGACACGUGGGUUGCGCCCCGUCAAAACAAUCAUAUACAUCCUAUGAGCCGUCACACCAAGGCCCGGGUGACGCACACGAGAAGAUUCCAGCUUUUCCUUCGAGUCUUGUCUGUUCUCGGGGCACUUGGUAUCUUGUUCUGCGUUAUUUGUAUCACUCAUACAGACGUCGCUCUAGGGUGGAUCAUUCGCGUUGCACCAAGCGUUGCCAUUCUUCAUAACAUCUAUGCAAUCUAUCAUCUUGCUCGGUCCGCCGCUAGCCGGCCUGCGGGUUCUUCGACCAGCUACCAUCUAUUCGCGUCAAUCAUGGACUGUGGUUUGGUUCCUUUCUACGCUUUUACUAGCUUCGUUGCAUAUAAAGAGUACCAUGAUGGCUACUAUAAUUGGGGAACUCUUUUCAACGACGACAACAUCCAACACUACAUUGUCGAAUCACUUUUCUACGCAAGUGCUGGUGUAGGAGGCCUGCAUCUCUUUUCGCUGAUGAUCUCUAUCUACUUGGCAGUGGUUUUCAGACAAAUAACCAAGCUACCACCUGACAUGAAUCCUUUGGAAGACAACCUGACCGCCCGUCCAUCAACAAGACGAAGCAAGUUAUCAAGAUCGGAAUUAUCAGAGAAGAAGCAUAUGAGCACAAGCACAGUGGACUCGGCAUAUUUCAGCGUCAAGUCACACUUGGAUGACGUCUCCGAUGACAUACCACAACCGAUUCCUUUUAUGCACACCAGACAGCAAUCAUCGACUUCCCUGGCAGACCCUAAGAGAGCAUCACGUACUUCUCUUCACUCAAGCCACCAAUCCGGAUAUCCUACGUCACCGUCUCGCGCAGCAGCUCAAGAUCAAAAGAGUCCAUCUCGGCCGCGAUCGGUAUUCGAAGAUGCGCCUGUACUUCGCCCAACAUCCAGUGGCCUCGCGCCCAAUAACCUUCGCUGGAGCAGCCCAGUGCCAUCAGAAUCGUCUGGGAACUGGGUAAGCUACGAAACGCCAGAUGAGGAUGUCAUCAUUCGUGAAUCUAAGCCACCUAGCCGAGCCAAAAACGGCACACCGUUUCCUGUCUACAAUGGUGUUAGCGACUGGUUGGGUCCUGUGCCAAAGUUCGGCCGUGUUGAAAGUGGCAUCCCACACAAAGAAGCUCGAGGUCAAUAUGCAGCUUUGGAGACGAAUGAUGGAUUCGAGAACGAUGUCCACUUUGACAUCAACAAAGACAACCUUGAAGAAGAUAUCACCGAGUACCUCAACAGAGCCCUUGAUCCUUUGAGAAUGAACCCUUCAACUCCUCAGCCUAAAGACGCAGAGAACAAUAAUGCUGGAAGCAGGCCUUCAAGUCUUCGUCGCGCUGUCUUGGGCGAAAUUCCAGAUGUCUCGGCUAUCAGAAACACCAACACCGCUGAUUCAGCAGUUGCGGAUGAAGAGUUACCUCCAUCCAAGCCGUCUAAGUUGAAGACUUUCGGCAGUCUGAGACUGUGGGGAAACAAAUCAAACAAAACCACCUACGCAUCUGUCAAAGAAGACGAAGCCAGCGACAACGACAGCGACAACGAGAACGAUACCAACCAACCUGUCAAACUUACGACCCCGAAGCGACGAACCACUCAGACCACACUUGCCACUAAAGAAGCCGAUCGCAAGGGCCGAGUCGUCAGUAACUCGGGCAUUGACCUCGGCAGCGCAUUCCAUACUGGCAUGGACUCUGAGCAAUACAGCGAAUACAUUUCCGCCCUCGGAGUCGGUCGCAGGCGAGACGUAAGCGGGAAAAUCGCCGAAGAAGGCCGCGGCGGAAUUGUCGAAGUUGCAGAAAUCCCUGAAGUGCCCAGCACGCCGGAGAAGAAGCAGAAUACCGGUCGAGCUGCGGGUUGGGCCCGAUUUGCUGGGCUGUGA